UAUAUAGUUAUGAGGGGGGAUCACUUGAAUAAAAUAACAUUUAAAGGGGGGAUCGGCUAAAUUUCAUCGUGUUUAGCCCAAAAUCCUCCGACCCCCCCAGGCGAUAAAUAAUGACCGGUCCCUUAACGUAAUUAUUUGUUUUUUUUUUGUUUAAGAACCACCUCCGCCUACAACCCCGGCACCUACACCUCCAGCACCUACAUUAACUCCAGGUAGGUUUCUUACAAAAAGCUUCACGAUAUUUGUUGGUGUCGGACUAAUCAAUGGCUAUACACUUCAAAAGUGUGGGUUGGCUGCCACAUUGGGGCUUGAGGUUCUGCUGAGUGAGUAAUAUACACUAUAUCACUGACGUAUGGUUUGGUUAUCUUAACUACCUUGGAUGUCUUCAAUGUGGACCUAGACAGGCCGGGCCGGAAUGAGUUCCAGAGUGUGCUGGGAUAUCGCUUUCAUUGGAAGGAGCUGUUUGGGUUCAAUUAGCUCAUUAUCACUAACAUGGCACUUGAAACGGGUUGUAUGAAUUUACAAUGUAGGCCAAUUUUAAAUAGCUCGAUUUGUUUAUUAACCAGUCGAAUAUAAUCCUAGCAAGCUUAUCAGGGCCUUGUUAAAAGAUGAAAAAAAGGUAUCUAUUGUUUAGAGGCCGAGGAAUUAAAUCCUACUUCAUGUUGAAAAGCCAAUCGUCCUUUUUCUUUUACUUUCUUCCGACUUUUUCUGUCGUUUUUGUAUUUACUAAUAAUAUUAUACUUCAAUGAUUCUUAUCUUUUUCACAAACCUAGAAAUCAAACAAACUUCAUGUUCGAGAGCUAUUUGCUAGCCUUUGAUUUUCUCUUGAAGUUUAUGAGACAUACCUUUUGCUUUUUAUAUUGCUUUUAGAGCUUAUUCUUUUCACUAGUUUGCAGGCCAGACCAGGUUGACCAAGUUUCCACAUGUGUGCAAUAUGAGGGUUUUGGUUUCUGUACAAGCACCACUGGUAGUAUCAGACAGUUAAUGGUCACAAAUUGUCCGGUUACAUGUGGAUUUUGUCGUGGUACGUUAUGUAUACUGAGAUAAUAUCUCAGGUAUAUCGAAACUGAGUCAUUCGCUUCUAUUCUAUAUGAUACUGCUACACUGAUAUUAAACCGUAAUAAAACAGAGUGAAUAAGACGCCUUUGUCGUCAGUACCAACUAAAGAUCGAUAAAUUAAUUUCAUAAGCAAUAAUCUGAAUGGGUGAAAAAAAUAUUUAGUGACUUCCUUUUUGUCCUUGAUUAGUCAUUUACGUACAUAGGAAGAUUUCUUCGUUAAAGCUCCCUUGCUGUUGUUGUUCUUGUUUUCUUUCAACAGUAACAGAAGGUAAUAGAUGUUUUGAUGUCAACAGUAGAAUUUGCUAAAGGGGCUGGGUAAAGGCAAAAUUCGCCCAAGACCAAACUAUCAGAAUAAAAAGAUUCAGGAAAAAAGUACUUCGUACCCCACCCCUGAUCCAACAGUUCAAAAGAAGCUAGUGUCCACAGUGCAUUUAGCAAAGGGAGGAGUUAAUGAGCAGUUCCUCAUAUUCUCGAAUAAUCUGAACGAACGAAGUUGUCAUUCUCAGUGACUACUACAAUAACAAGCUUUUUUAUAGCCAAUAACUGUUGGGUAACGAGUGAUCCGCUAUUCCACGAGUUAAAAAUAUCAGCCUAAUGUUUUUCUCCUCUCUCAAACUUUAGUUCCAUCAACUCUGCCUAUAACGACUCAGCAAAGGACAACAGUAAGGCUGACUACUCAGCAACCAACAACAGCAGCGCCAACAACUCAGCAACAAACAACAGCAGCGCCAACAACACAGCAACAAACAACAGCAGUGCCAACAACACAGCAACAAACAACGGCAAGGCAAACAACUCAGCAACAAACAACAGCGGGGCCAACUACUACAGGUCUUCCAGGUAAGACGAGGGAGGUAUAUACUUCUUUUAUCAAAUUAGCACCUGUCCAUAAAAGGCCAAUGACAUACCAUUAUGAAUAUACAUGUCAUCUUCACAUGUGGAAAUAUCCCUAUGCCAUGGCUACAUGAUAAAUCCACCAUUCGCAGCAAAAAAAUAUUAAAGUGAAAUGGUUUGGUAUUACAUUGGUGUCUAUAUAAUAAAUAGAACAUCACACGGCCUCUUGGAGAUACGAAAUUUUUCUCUUCGUGUUCAGAAAUAUUUCACUCGUUCUCUUUGUUCUCUCUUUUCAACACUAGGCGAGAAAUUUCCUCUUUCCGCGUGGUCAUGUAAUAUCCUCUAUGUUAGUGAUGUUAGUGACAUGUAUAAACUUAAGCUCGAAAGCUCCAAAGAUCUUCCCCUUUUGUUUUUUUUGUUUAAUGGAACGGUGAUUCUACUUGGAAGAUCCGCCCCUGUAGGCUUAACAAUUAUUACCUGUAAUCCUGAGGGCUACCAGUCGGACGCUAUGAUCGUGUUUUUCUUAUUAAAUAUGUUUACAAUUUCUUUUAAACUAAUAAACUCCAAUUCAGAAUUUUCCUGGUGUUCAUUUCUUUCCUAUGGCACUAAUCAUCCUUUUCAGCUGUUAUGAUCGUUGUGAUUAUAGUUUCAUAUUCUGUAUUAAUCAAAUUUUUGCAAAGUGCAAAACGUCGACGACUAGUGUUCUCAAAACUGAGUUGCUACAACAAAGACACGCCAACGAUCUUGGCAGCGAGCAAAAGACCUUGCCAGCUCAAUCAGGUGCUCCAGACUCAAAAACGCUCCUGCCUCCAACCGAGCACGUCGAAUGGGAAUGGUGAAAAAAGAAGGUGCACGCUAUUGGUGUGGAAAAACUAAGCUGCGAGCCGGUAGAAAUGCCAGAAAAAUCAGCACAGGGAGAACCUUCGACACCAUCCACAAGGAAUAGAGCACGCCGCCUCGAAGACAUUCUCGAAGAAAGGGAAAAGCUGGGAAGUUCCCAAACACUGGAAAACGUGACACGAAAAAGCGGCAAACCCGGGAGCUGCGCUGCAUAGAAACAGGGGAAAUGCAAAACGUAUUGGAGGAGAAAGGCUGUUGGAGGAAAAAGGAAAAUGCGAAGCGCGAUCCAAAAGGUUCUUUCCAACCCACAAACAACAAAGUUUAAGAUCUUACAGAAAGGUCUCGGAACAUUCUGGGGCACAGAGAAGCAAUGUUUCGCCCGAGUGUUGUUUCGGAAAGUGGCGAAGGCAAACCCGAAGCUGUAUAGGCCACAAAACAACUGGAAACAAUACUCGAAAACUCAAAAGAGAUGUUCUUGGUAGAAGAAGACCGCUAUAUAUACUCGGCAAAUGUGGUUUGUGCCAACCAAAAUAUAAAAAAAUCCGGAUACUCGUCGUUAAAACAAAAUCCUUUUGUACAAAAGAGGAAAACAAAUCUUCUGGAAUCCCAUUGCCGUAAAAAAAAAAAAGACGAAACAAAAUUGCGAGAACUACAAGAAAAGCUGGAAGAUGCGACAAAAUAUCUUGCAAUAGAUAUGCAAGAAGGGCUCUAUCUGGUGUCUCGCUAUGAAAAAAAGCCCUUCCGGGGGUAGAAAAAACGACUCUCUUCCUCCUGCAGCUUGGCGAUGACGGCAACCCAAAAAAAGAUGCAGACGAGCCGGUUUGGGGAUAUUUUCUCCAACAGAGGCAGACGAAAAAAUAUAGAGCAGGUAGAAAGGUCUUUGUACCGCAAUCUCGGAAAAGAGAAAACAACUCCGCAGACGAAGAGAGACAUACUGGCGGUGCUGUAUUCAGACCUCCAUGCGUAAAAAUCUACACCCACUCGCAGCUUUUGGAGCAAAGGAAAACAUCGCCACAAUUGCCAACGGCCUCAAUAGGACCAUACGGCCAUUUUUCACACUCCGACGCUUUUUCCGUCGGCACUCUUGCAAGAAUUGCACGCCCACGUCCGAAGUUUUCUUCCGCCAAAUUUUGCAAAGUAGCCCAGUCGAGCACGAAUUGUUUCGAGUAGCACAUUUUUUCAAAAGGCCUCCAAUCUCAGCGCUCGAGAGUGCUAAUUUUUUUCGUGCAGCGAAUGGCCUGGUAGGUUUUUGUUACGGACUACUUCAUGUAAAACAAAACUGUUUCUUUGCUGGUUCGAAGGCCUUUUACGGCUUGGGUCCCGCCGGGCUCUGGCGCCUUCAAAGGCUUCCACAGAUUAGAAGGGGCAUCCAGUGUCUUUGGUUGCUUCCACAAAACAUACAAAAAGGUACAACCUGUAGCAAUAGAUCCCAGCCGACGCUGCUUGGGAGGUGGAAACUAUUUCGGUGUCUUCCAAAAAGGCGUUGCUGGUGCUUUCGAUGGUGUCGUGAAGCCUCUCUGCCCGCUUCGACCGCUUCGUCGAAAUCUUCCACGUCCUAAAAGUGGCUUUCUUAUAUUUCGAGCAGAAUGCGGGUACGUCGACUUAUUUUUUGCAAAUCUUUCUGCUUUUCGAGCAUUUUGUCGAUUUUUACGGACAAACUGUCCAAAGACUGGAUGCAUGGCUCCGGCUGGAAGGCCGCCGGCUCCUCCGCUGGAUAGGAGGUUUUCUGUGCAUUCUUUCAAAUUUUGUACAACCUCGAUGUCCCAAUACUAUAUCGUUUUGGGAUGCCUUCGGUGGGCUCUUUGUCCCGCUUUGAGGUAAUUUUUUCGACGUACUCUUGGAACAGUUUGGUUGCACUAGGCAUUCCUAUAUAUUUCUUGGAAAUACCAGAGGGAACUUGGCAUUUUCCAAGUGUACUUGUUUGCUCCCUUUCCAUUCCUCAAGUGGACCUGGAAAAGAACAUUAACUGUGUACGACUUUCUUUCUCAAGGAUCUUAAGAACCAACCAAACUUUGUGUUAAAAAAGUUAGUUGCCUUUAGUUUUAUUUAUUUUUCUUACUGUUUUUUAACUUUAAAUUGCUUCUUUUCACCAGUUUGCAGGCCAGACCAGGUUGACCAAGUUUCCACCCCGUGUGUGCAAUAUAAGGGUUUUGGUUUCUGUACAAGCACAAUUGAUAGUAUCAGCCAGUUUAUGCUCACGAAUUGUCCGGUUACAUGUGAAUUUUGUGUUGGUAAGUUUUGGAUACAAAAUGAUAUAUCUCAUCUCACCAUAGACCGACUAAUAAGCUUACAAUGUAUAUGUAAUACGAAACGGUUACGUAACUGCAUCAAAACAAACAUAAAUUAGACACCUUUGCCCACCUCACCAGCUUUGUGAUCAGUAACAAUGAAUGGCUGAAGAAACGUACUUGUGGAAUCAUUAAGUGAAAUUACUUUUUGUUGAUUCAUGACUCAUUUACGUAGGUGGUCACUAAAGUCUUUUUUUGUCAAGCUUCCUUGUUGGUUGUUGUUGCUGCUGCUGUUCUUAAUCCCACCUGGAAAUCACUAUUACUUUUUAGUUUCUCAGUUAAUCGUAGUUGAUUCUCAUCUAUUGAUUUUCUUAUUUUCGAUUAUUUCUUACCUUUUACAUUAUCAAUCAUCAUCUUGUACUCUUUUUUGUUCAAAAGCAGAAAUCGCCAUCUUGCAUCCAAAAACUUUGACACCCCAACCCACCCCACCCUCCCCCCCGAAAAAUAAAACUUAAGUCUUACAAAAACUAUAUGGACAUGAAUUUAAGAAAACGUUAAGUGAAAAAUUUGUCAUCCCAGCUAAUCCCAUUUUUUCCAGAUCUCAUCAGCGAUAGUUACGACACUUGAAUUAACGAAUCAUUGUCAAGCGUUCUUUAGAAAUGUUUAAGCAAAGAAAAAGGCAUUUUACUAAUUCUAGGGAAAAGAAAUUCUCUGGGACGUUGUUGAAGUUUUACACUAAAAACUGGUGGUUUUAUCAACUUAUUAAAUAAAUGCAACUAUUGUUUUUUUUUAAGUGCCACCUCCGCCUACAACCCCAGUUCCUACAAUUCCAGGUGAGUUCAGUAACCUUAUAAAAAGCUUCAGCAUUUGAGCUAGUGUUGACUUAUCAGUACACUUUAUUAGUUAGCUCUUCUUCAUGACUAAAUUAAAGACAAAUGAGAUUAUAACGGCGUGAUUAGUUGGGGUAGAGAUAGAAGGACAGUUAAUGCCCUCCAAUAUUGUUUCAAAUGGGUAACGUGUAGAGGAAGUAAAGCAGAGGUCCAAACUUGGACCUUUGAGGGACUUGGACAGCUCGUGCAAUCGAAAAACCUAAUCGUCGAUACCAAACAACUGAUGUUAAAACGAGAAGAAACUCUUUCAAAAUUGGAUAAAAUGAUCCACAGUAUAUCAUUUAUAGAUGCAGACAAAUCGAGUGGUGGUUGCAGCAACACACAGCGAUUGUCAUCAAUGGAUCGAAAAAUGUCACUUUGAAUCCGCACAAGGACUGUUUCGCAACUGUGGUAUAUUAAUAGCUUGCAAACCAAGGAAUCCACUGCACGGUGAAACCAUUUGUUAGAACAUCGUUCAGGCGAAUUCAGCGGCAGCCAAAGAUAGCACCGACCAGCUAGCGGAAUGAGCUUAAGGCUUAGCUUUAAGUGUAUAACGGUAUUGUUAAAAGAUACAUUAAAGUUUAACCGAUUUUAACUACAUUUUUCAUAAAAUAUAAACUAUCCAAAUUUCCUGCUAAAAAGCCACGUUCUCUUCGAUUUGCUCUUGACGUUUUCGUUCCAAGUUUGCAUAUUUUAUAUUGCUUUUAUAAUCGAUUCUUUCAACAGUUUGCAGGCGAGACCAGGUUGAUAUAUCCUCCUUUCAAUGUGCCCAAUAUCAGAGUUUUGGUUUCUGUACGAGCACUACUGAUAGUAUCAGGCAGUUUGUGGAAACGAAUUGUCCGGUUACUUGUGGAUUUUGUCGUGGUAAGUUUUGUAUUUCAUAA